CAAACGUACACAUUACUACAAAUGAAAGGACUGAUCCCAAAUCAGCCGAUUCGCCGCCGGACGUUUGUGGAGCGACUUCUACAGGAAAUACCUUCCACUGCGGAGAGCAUUUGUGAGGGGAGCUAUUUUACCGAGCUUACGCUUCACAAAUGAAUAAUGGGGGUCCAAGCUGUCCAGCUCACCUCUAAGUGUCACCAUGACAACAUCCUCGCCUCGCUUCACGAGAUGAGGCUGCAGGGUCAGCUGAGUGACGUCACCGUGCAGGUAGACUACCAGGGGGACGUGCAGGAGUUCCAGGCCCACCAGGUGAUGCUUGCAGCAUCCAGUGGCUACUUCAAGAAGGUCCUCCUCUCUGGCGAUGCUGGCACAGACCGGCUGCUGCUCUCCAAUAUGCACUUCAGUGACUUCUCCAAGUUUUUGGAAUUUGUGUACACCGGUAAAGUUGAAGUCUCCAAAGACAAGAUUGGCGACGUUCAAGCAAUUGCUCAGGCUUUGGACUGUAAGGCCCUGUCAGCGCUGUGCGGUGAGGCCAUGAGUGCAGGAAUUCUACAAAAGCACACAAAGAAAACACUGAAGUCCAAAGUUACGGAUGAAGAGGAGACGCCUGGGGCCAAGGGAGAUACAAGGACUAAACAACCAAAGAAGCCAGCAAAACGUGUGUUACUGAAGCGGAAGCUCCCAACACAAAGCUCUGAGAAAGAAGUAAUAACAAAAAGAUUCAAGGCAAAGAAAGUGGAGGAGGAAAAAAGACCGGAAAGAAAGCAAAGCCGGAGGCUGGCUGGACGAAAGGUAUUUAGAAAGCGUCUGAACGUUAAAAAAAGAGGAUUGAGAAACGCGAGCAAAGUCACACAUGACGACAAAGGAGAGUCUGAGAGCGGUGCCGAGGCUCAGCCAGAGAAUCAGACGGAGAAAGGAGACGGGCCGCUGGCGAUACCGGCCUCCGAUGCAGAUGAGUGGGAGUGUGAGGAUCUGAAGAGCAAUGAUUCUGAAGACACCGGCUUGUCGUUUUGGGAGGACGAGGAGGGUCAGUCGAAGCAGACGGGUAAAAGAGCAUCGAAAGCUCAGUUCGAGUGCUCCGAGUGCCAGCGGACGUUCCACUAUGAGAGGAGCUACCUGAAGCACAUCAGCACGUAUCACGGAGUGAAGGCGGACGUCGUCUACCGCUGCGACACCUGCCAGCAGACCUUCGCCAACCGCAGCAACCUGAAGAUCCACGAGAAGCACGUCCACAGCAGCGAGAGGCUGUUUUCCUGCGAGUCCUGCACCAAGACCUUCAAGCGAAAGAAGGACGUGGUUCGCCAUCAGAGACAAGUGCACGAACGCAAGAACACGCAACACGUCUGCCCCGAGUGUGGGAAGUCGCUGAGCUCCAAAACUGCUCUGCUGCUGCACGAGAGGACGCACACGGGCACCAAGCCGUUUCAGUGCAACGACUGCGGGGCCAAGUUCACACAGAACUCUGCCCUUAAAAUGCACUCCAGGACUCACACAGGAGAGAAGCCGUUUGCAUGUGACGUGUGUGAUUCCCGGUUCACUCAGAAGCACAUGCUGGCCUAUCACAAGCGGUCACACACAGGUGAGAAGCCUUUUAUGUGUGAGGCGUGUGGGAAGAGCUUUGCAUCCAAGGAAUACCUGCGGCAUCACUCCAACAUCCACACCGGCUCCAAGCCGUACAAGUGUGAGCAGUGCGGACGGGGCUUCGCUCAGAGGAACUCCCUCCACCAGCAUCUGAAGAUACACACAGGUGAGCGUCCGUACAGGUGUAAGGACUGUGAAAAGCAGUUCACACAGCUUAACGCCCUCCAGAGGCACCAGCGGAUUCACACCGGGGAGAAACCGUACAUGUGUGCCCUCUGCAACCGCACCUUCACGGACAAGUCCACCCUUCGCAGGCACACUACGAUCCACGACUCGGACGCUCCCUGGAAGACCUACCUUGUCGUGCUGGAGGGCAACGUGGAGGACAAGAAGCCCAAAAGCCCCACCAAAGACAAGGCGGAGACGGCGGCAGCGGGGGAGAAAAAGGGCAAAGCGAGAAAAAGCAGCGACGGCAAAGCAGCUGUUGAAGCUGCUGCUAAAACCAGCACAAACGCGGAGGUUUCAGCCGAGCCGGUCACUCUCCCACCUGACUGGACCGGUCAUGGAGCUAUUGCCCUGGUCAGCCAGGACGCCCUCGGCGCCAUCACGGUGAUCCACACCGAAGUGCCCGCCGGGACGCAGAUCCAGCCCCUUGUAACCACAGACAGCACGGGGACCAGUAUCAUCUCCUUGGACGGUCCAGCCAUCUCCGUUCCCUUCUCCAUACCUGUUUCCAUGGCUCGUUCCAUCCCUGUGGCGGCCGGAUCGGCGUCCGCGCUCUCGGUUCCCGCGUCCGACGGCGCGUCGGCGUCCGUCUCAGUGGUCCCAACUGUUUCCACAUCGUCCGUGCUAGAAGCGGCUGCGUCUCAGACCAUUUUGGCUCAGGUUUCGGAGACGAAGACGGCUCCUGAGGCUGAGGUUGCUCCUGAUCUUCAAACUGUGAUCGUAGGUAACUGUACCAGAGAAGAGGAACAACCUGCUACUGUUCAAACUGACAGAGAGCAAAGUACAGAAGACGGCAUCCUAGAUGAUCCCUAGGAGCUUGUUUAUGAUGCAGUUUAGUAAACCAUAAUUGUAUGAUAUCAGUUUUUCAGUUUUAUUUGCUUUUUUACAUAAUUUCACAUUAACAGUGUCUUAAUGCGUGGUAUGUCUAUUAUCUGACUUUCAGUAUUUGAUUAACCUUCUACGUGUUCAUCACGCUUCUACAUGUCAUGUUCAUUAAAGGGACCUCGUUAUCAAUUUACAUUUUAAAGAUACAACAUGGCUAUAUUUAAGGUAUUCAAAAUAAUUGUUUAUCUAAUAUACUGUGAAAUGUGGCACAAAUCAUAUUGAAUCUAAAUAAAACUGAUUGUUAAUUCCUAAGAUUUAAAACCAAAUACGUAUGUUUUUUUGAGACACUAUAUGUAGCUUUCUAUACACAUUAGAAAAUAAUUUGAAGUCUGUUGACAAUUAGUUUUGGUGUAACUGUACAGUUUUAACAGACAGCUGGAAUAUAAUACCUUUAUUAUUGUCCUUUUGCACAAGCAUACAAAUAAAGGUCCAUUGCUGUUCCACCUGGAAGAAGCUGGAUACCUGGAGUAACUGGCCUUCUUGGUAAAAACUUUGGUCUGGAUGACAACAGUGAAUAAAGCAACACUAAACUAUAUUCAAUGACAUGCUUAGCAACUGGCCAUUUGGAAGGUUCGCUGCAGCGGCAAACCUUCAAUGAGAUGUUUACGACACGGCACGGCACGAGAUGAGUGACUGAUGAUGUUGGGUUUUCCAUGUCAGUGCUUCAAAAGAUCAUUCAAAAUUACAGCAUCAGAGGUAUUACAUUACAACUGAUUCUAAGCAAUAACCAUCAACGUAAGAAAAUCCUAACUAUGUGUUGAUCAUGUGGGUUGUGAGUAGGUGCAAAUGUUUAACAGUCUCCACAUGGUGCAUAUCAUUGGCCAAGAUGCCAAAAGGACACUCGUCUGACUGGAGGGACAAAAAAAAAAAAAAGGA